AUGAAAUUCACUGUUGAAGGAGCGGAACAUGAACUUUCUCGUAGUCUUGAGCCGGAGUUCUGUGAUGCGUUCAAAUCGGCAUGCGAUGGGAUGAGCAAAGCACUGGAAAUUAUUCGUUCACCGGGUUUUGCGGAACGAUCUGGCUGGAAAGUUGAUUGCAGCAAUGAUUAUGUCACAGUGCACUACAAGGAUAUCGACGGACUUCGAUAUUUUGCUGCAAAGACAAUAGUCGCUGUGAAAGCUGAUGUGCUAGUGAAUUUGCAUUGGAAAGGUCUUGCCAAGGCCAAGGAAUACAAUGAUAAUAUGAAGUUCUCUGAGCACGUACAACAAUUAACCGAAGACAUUGAUAUCGCUCACUAUGCAUCAAAUGAAAAAUUCAUGGUGAAGAGUCGCGAAUUUGUGGUUGCAAGAAUGAAGAAAAAGAUUGGUGACGGAUUCGUUCUCGCCGGUCGUUCGUGCAACGUCAACUCGCUUCCUCCUAGCAAAGAUGCUGUCAGGUGA